GGGAUAGAUCGUGUACAGAUCAAAUCGCAACUCUACGGAUCAUUGUGGAACAAUCAAUUGAAUGGAAUUCAUCACUCUACAUCAACUUCAUUGACUACGAAAAGGCAUUUAAUAGUGUGGACAGAACAACACUAUGGAAGCUUCUUCGACACUACGGCGUGCCUCAAAAUAUAGUCAAUAUCAUACAGAGUUCAUAUGAUUGAUUACACUGCAAAAUCGUGCAUGAAGGACAGUUGGCAAAGUCGUUCGAAGUGAAGACCAGUGUCAGGCAUGGUUGCUUACUCUCACCCUUUCUCUUUCUCCUGGUGAUCGACUGGAUCAUGAAGACGUCAACAUGUGAAGGGAAGCACAGGAUAAAAUGGACAUCUAGGAUGCAGUUGGACGAUCUGGACUUCGCAGAUGAUCUGGCCCUUCUAUCCCAAACGCAACAACAAAUGCAGGAGAAGACGAACAGUGUAGCAGCAGCCUCAGCAGCAGUAGGUCUCAAUAUACACAAAGGGAAGAGCAAGGUUCUCCGAUACAACACAGCAUGCACCGAUCCAAUCACAAUUGACGGAGAAGAUUUGGAAGAUGUAGAAACCCAUACAUAUUUGGGCAGCAUCAUUGGUGAACAUGACAGAUCUGAUGCAGAUGUGAAAGCGCGGAUCGGUAAGGCAAGAGCAGCAUAUUUACAACUGAAGAACAUCUGAAACACAAAGCAACUGUCAAUCAACACCAAGAUAAGGAUUUUCAAUACACAUUUCAAGACAGUUCUACUGUAUGAGGCGGAAACUUGGAGAACUACGAAAGCCAUCAUCCAGAAGAUACAGGUGUUUAUUAACAGUUGU